AUGGUUCUGAGAGGACAGCUCCUACCGGCACCACUUGCGUUAGAAUCACCUGAGUUACUAAGUCGUGUGCAGAUUCCUCAGCCUCCCAUAGGUGACCCCACAGAGAAGGAGGAGGAGCCUCAUAUAAAGUUUGACAACGAAUAUCUUUAUGCAGACUGCUUCCACCAAAAAAAGGAAUCAUAUUGUUUGUCUGCCAUCCAUAACCUUCCCUCUUUAGACCCCUUUGCUGAUGCAAGUAAGGAUGACAAUUUGCUUCCUGCUAGCACUCAGGAUUAUGGCCAUGUUAGAAUUCAACAGAGAAACAGCAGUAAAACCCUUACUACCUUCCAGUGGAUCACUGAUGAAUACCAUAAGAAGAAACUAGUAAAAGCGUUUAAGAAGAAAUUUGCCUGCAAUGGUGCUGUAAUUGAACAUCUACAACGUAGAGAGGUAAUUCAGCUACAAGGUGACCAGUGCAAGAACAUAUGCCAGUUCCUUUUAGAGAUGGGACUGUCUAAGGACGACCAGCUAAAUGUUCAUGGGUUUUAA